GCUCAAAUUUUAGUUAUUAUUUCAUAAAUAUUUUAUUUAUAAUAAACAAAAAAUCUCAUGAAAAAAGUCAAAUGACUAUAAAAUAUAAUAAUAAUAAUAAAUAACUAAUUAUUGUGUAUUCAUACUAACGAUAAGUAUCGAAAUCAUUGGAUGUAUUGAUAGCCAUAUUAACCACAAAUCAUGGUUUUGGGCGAAAGUUUUAAACCGUUUUCACCGCAAAAGCGCAAAACCGGUGAACCCCUACCCCUACCCCUGCCAUUGGAUGACCAGAAUCUGGUGGUGAAACCGGGACCCCAUGUGUCCCAUAAGCCGGACACUAAUCACGAGACCUUUGUAUUCAAGUACACUCUUUCAUUCUUCGCGGCCAGUUGUGCCGAAACAAUUACCUAUCCGUUGGAUCUCAUCAAAGGUCGUUUGCAAAUACAGGGCGAGAAAGCGCUGACACAAUAUGAGAGCGUUAAGGGCCAGCGAGUGAUCGCCCACCGGGGGAUGGCUGGCACCGCACUCGGCAUCGUGAAAGAGGAGGGCUUUCUACGGCUGUGGCAGGGAUUGUCACCCGCCAUAUACCGUCACGUAGUCUAUUCCGGAGUCCGAAUGACAUUAUAUGAGUACAUCCGGGAGGAGCUGUUGGGUAAGAACCCGGACGGAACGAUACCCGUGUGGAAGGCUAUAGUGGGC